AUGACUUUGCUAUCCCCCAACUUUACCGUUACCUAUUGCCAAAACUGUGAUGGCGGUAUGCAGGAAAUGAGCACCAUGAUUGAAUGCCUCCGAACUGUCUUUCCUCUAGCUGCUAUUGAAACCGUCCGAGAGGAUCGCUAUCCACUGGAGGUCAAGAUUGUGGCGAGUACCCCCAUCAUCAGCGAGGAGAUACCCGUUUGGUCGGGUAAGCAACAACAUCUAUUCGAAAAGUACCGCGUGCGAAGGCGAAAGACCAUCAAAACAAUAAUAAAAAACUUGGAGCAAUUCAAACAAAACUUGGAGAACUCACAAGAGGCCUUGGACGACCAAUCUCUGGACCCAGAUGACGAGUCAAAAAUCAAUGUAGUCAAGAUUCAAGAAUUGCCAGCCUUGGUUUCAAUCGAGACUCCCUGA